AUGAGGGUGUCACCUAGGCUUUUAAUGGCCAACCCCUUGCCAAUGGCCGUAAACUCUAGACAGCUGUCCGCUCUGCUUCCACCCCUGCAGCUGUAUCGUCGACUGCUCAGGGUGCAUCGAAAAAAGCUUCCAAAGGACAUGCGCUUACUUGGCGAUGAAUAUGUGAAGAGUGAAUUUCGAGCUCAUCGGAAUGUGGAUAACCCAAUCCAUAUUGUUGGUUUCCUUACAGAGUGGCAGUUAUAUGCUCAAAAGCUAGAAGGAGAUGCUUGGCAGGGAGAAAAACUAGACAAAGCAAAGAUCGAUAAGAUGAGCGAUCAGCAAAUCGGACAGCUUUACGAACUUAUGACUGCACUAAAAGGGAAAAAUGAAGACUAA